GGAGGGGAAAAGCACGCAAAUUUGAGAAUAGCCCGGCCAGCCGAGAGCUUCUUCCCGUCAUGCAUCUCGACUACCUCCGCUUUCUUGUGGCUCUUGUGUCCCACUUCACUGACAUCAAUGUAGUAAUGCUGGAGAUUUUCAGUGUCUUAGUGAACUAAACUCUGUUUCGAAGCCUAUGCAAUGCAUGUACUUGUCUGUCUGGAACACACUUCUGCUCAAUCCCUUUUGUUUUUUGUUUGUAUGUAUGGCUUUCCCAGAGAAGCCCUUCUGGACCUGCUGACUGAGAAAAUGGGGGUUUUAGUGGCAGUAGGAUUGUUGUGCCCAAGAACCUUCCCUGGAGCACUUAUUUAAAUAUGUUACUCAUGAUAACUAGAUUCUUGCCCAAGUAGAAGUUUAAGUGUAGCCAUGCAUGGUGAUACACGAGUGUAUUCCCAGCUUCUAACUGACUCAGAUAAAGCAGUGGUUGACAUUUGUAAGACUAUAAAAACUAAGAAUUAAACCUCCUCAGGCUGGGCUUGUGGCUCAUCAGCACAGCGUUUGCCUAGCUUGGGACCUGGGGAAAAACACACCCUCUUUAGAGACUGGCAAAACCCAAACUUCCCACUUUGUGUUGUACUUAUUUGUAAAAAAAAUGGGCUCCAGUCUAUUGGUUUUGGAGAUAAAACUCAGCCUGUCAGUCUACUCACUACAUAGAUGUCCUGCCCAGUGGUGCCCUUAGUUGCUACUGGGGAUAGAGUCCUGAGCCCAAUACACUUAGCUUUUGUUACCAGGGAGACAGACACAAACCAUGAGCAAAUGCACAAACAUAUCUUCAAAAGAAGUGUGCGGAACAGUGAGAACAUGUAACGGGCUGCAUGAAUUCUAGAUAGUGACAAUAAUAUUUCGGCACCUGAAGAUAAGGAGAGGUGGAGGAGUGUGGAAAGAAUGGAUUAGACAGACAACGUGAAAUGGGAGGGACUUAGUAAGCUUCCCGUGGUAUCAGUAAUGAGAGAGACAGAGUCCCAGUUACUUCCAGAUGUGGGAGCUGUCGUCACCUGUAAGGUCUCUAGCAUCAACUCACGUUUUGCCAAAGUACACAUCCUGUAUGUAGGAUCGACACCACUUAAAAAUGCUUUUCGGGGAACUAUCCGCAAGGAAGAUAUUCGAGCAACUGAAAAAGACAAGGUAGAAAUUUACAAGAGUUUCCGGCCAGGUGAUAUAGUUUUGGCCAAAGUUAUCUCCCUAGGUGAUGCACAGUCCAAUUACCUGCUGACGACUGCUGAAAAUGAGUUAGGGGUUGUGGUGGCCCACAGUGAGUCAGGUGUCCAGAUGGUCCCCAUCAGCUGGUGUGAGAUGCAGUGCCCCAAGACCCACACUAAAGAAUUCCGAAAAGUAGCCAGAGUACAGCCUGAGUUCUUACAAACCUGAGCUCACUCUACCCACAGAGGGGGUCCACUCUCUAAAAGUACAUGUGUGAAAAAAGCGAUAAGAUGCCAUGGUCUUUACUGAGGUACCUGCAGUCAGCUGGCAACCAUCUCCUGAAACAGUGUGCCCAAAAAUAGUCAUGCCGUAAUGAACACCCAAGGCUCCCGCAGCUGAGGCAGGAAGAUCGUUCGUGCCCAAGUUUGAGGCCAGCCUGGGCUGCAUAGUAAGACUCUCAACCAAAAGACAAAAAAGAAAAUGUACACUAUUUGAAACACUAUUUUGGGGAAACUGAUUUUUAUUCUCUGGCUCAUGAAUCUCAUUUAAAGGCACUCAACCAACAAAAUCAUGUAAUAUUGAAAAUACCUUAUGCCUUUAUAUAUGUGUACAUAUGUAUUUUGUUAUGACUGGAAAAAAUUCUUUUCAUUUGUUAGUGA